AUGAGGGACGGAAGAGGGGCUGGGGGCACCUGCCUCGCCAAAGUGCAGGGAGAAGACUCGGACAAGAUACUAUGUAUGUAUCCUCGGAACACAGGAGAGCCCUCGCCCACCAGGCGCACCUUCCUGGGUGAAUAAGCCUGCGGUUGCAGUCACGGAAAUUCACAAAAUGAUGUUAUCAUUGGAAAUGAGAAGUGAUCUAAGGCCAGCCUCCUGCUUCACAGUGGCACCAAAGUGCUUCCAUAUUUGAAAGAAUCAAUAAGAAGAAAUUCCGCCUCCACAGUGGCUCGGAGCAAGACUGUGGAUCUGUUCUUUGAUCCUGCAGAAGAAUGUUUUGCUGGGGUGUCCUGUGGUGAGGGCCCGGCUAGGAGGAGGUCCCAGGGCCCCCGAAGGCCACAGAGGAUGGUGCACAGAGGAGAGAGUUGAGGGUCAGGACUGCCAAGUCUUCAGAAGUGAUCAGAAAUGGGAAUUUUUGAGGAUGAACCAAGUGCCUUUUUUGAGCUAAGAGGCUGA